AUGAGUGCCCAACAGAAGAUGAAUCCAGUUAUUCAGCAGAGGCCUCAGAUCUUUCCACCACACAACCUAAUGUCUCUGAAGAGGUUGAGCUGACUGAAAGCACAGGAGAGGAAGACGAGAAACAUGAUAUUACAGAGGAACAUAUUGAAUCGACGGAAAAGGGACUUUCAGAUGAGGAAUCAGUCAAAAGGCUCCGAGCUGCAGAUGCACAGUCAGAUGAACCGAGUGGGACAGAAGAAGAAGAGGACGAACCCCCCACAUUCGGCGGGACAGCUGGUGAACAAUAUAGCAGCCCCACUGAAUUGUCUUCGUUCAGAGGGAUUUCAGAUGUAGAUGUGUGUGCUCAGGAGUUGGGAUCAGUGGGAGAUGAGGGAGGUGAGACUGCAGUUGAGGUUAAAGACAUCGUAGACUCGGAAGAAGAGGAAAAAAACGAAGCUGAAGAACCGGUGGAGGUCUAUCCAUAUUCUGGGCUAGCUGAUGUAGAUGUGUGUGCUACAGAGCUUGUAGGAGCAGAGACGACAGUGGAAGGAGCCACUGCUGAGGAUAAUACACUUGUCAGAGAAGAGGAAAGCUCAAAGCCCCAGUCUGAAGAAACUGUUGUGCAAGACAAUCAACAAGUAGCCGAAGAUCGGGCGGAAAAAGCAAAGGAGGAGGACGGAAGAAAGACUGAGACUCCUUCUGGGGGAACGCAUGAAAGUUUAAGUCAUACAGAGGGUGAUUUAGUCAGUAAUGUUAUACCAACGGAGGAUUCAUUUGUUGAGAUAAGCUUUGAAGAUGUUCCAGAGGCUCAGCAGAAUACAGAAGUUUUGGAGAAACAGCCAGAGGUCUUAAACACUAAUAUACUGGAAAUGCAACAGGAGGAAGAAUCUGAGGAAGAGAGUGCAGCAGCAACAGACCAAAAUAUAUCAGCUGCACAAGACCAUGGUGAACCUGAAAUGGUGGGAGCUGAAAAGGAACUUAACCCUGAAGGCGAGGAAAUGGAAAGUCAACACGAGGCAUCUGAUGUGACGAAGGAGAAGGUGGAAACCGCUGACUCUAAUUCAAAUUAUAGUAAGGAUGAUGAGACCGGAGAAGGUGUUAAAACCAUCGGCUCGUCACAUCAGCCCACCAGCGAGGCAGAAGCAGAGAGCCUGGAGCAUGAAACCGAUCUUAAAAAUGAAGAAACCGCAGAGAUAAGUGAGAGCGAAUUUCACCAGAAUGAGUCGAACGACCCCGACGUUAAAGACGAAGACAAAACAGACACAGUGGAGGGAAAAGAAGAGGAGGACAUGCAAACAGAAGGCCGCGGUGAGGUCGAGGACCAAGAGACAAAUGAUGGCGCUGCAGGAAAUCACUCAUCAGAAGAAACCCAGACAAAUGUAUCAACUGCUGCAAUGGAGGCAGAGAGUGAAACUUUGGAGCAACUUCCAGAGGAGAACGAGGAGAGUCAGAGAACACUUGUGGAGUCACAGCCAGAGGAUGAGGAGGGAGAAAAACAGGUCACUUCAAAGGAGAGAACAUCAGAAGCAGAGGGACUUGUGGAAGAGGGAAAGAUUGAUUCUGCAACACAAGAGACGAGUGAUGCAAUGUGUGAGGAGAGCAGCAUCAGCCUCACGCAGAGUACAGAUCGGCUGGCUGAUGAGCACCGAGGAGAGGAAAGCCAGUUCGGGUCUGAACAGGACACCACUGAGCCUGAAGGCCACAGUGGUGACAAGCAGGAGGACUGCAGCCGGCCCCAGGAGGAGGAGGACAUCAUGGACAUCCCCCUGGACGACCCAGAGGCCAACAGGGCCGCUGCCAAGAUCCAGGCUGGCUUCCGUGGCCACAUGACCCGUAAGAAGAUGAAGCCGGAGGACAAAGCAGAAGGGGAGGAGAGACAGGAGGAUCGGGGGCAGUAGAGAGAGACGACACAUCUGUGCCAGAGCAGUGACGCCCCCCCCCCGUCCUGACCUGGAUGAAGAGAAAGAGGGGAAGAAGCAAGGUAGCGAGAGAUGGCUGGCAUAAGCCGGCUUGGGCUGGCUUUCAGGCACACCUUUUUACCCCGGGAGUCAUUUUCUUUUUUUUUUCUCAACACAAAUUAGCAGUAGAAAAUGAACCGACAGUUUUGAGGGUGUGUUUUGUGAAUUUUGUGAACUUUAACACUCCUUCUCUGCUCCUCCAGCAGUACGGAUGUCUUUGACCCAGAAUUUGCAACUCACUGCAUGUACUUGUGAAACUUCUGGUAGUGUGCUAGUUUUUAGAUGAUGAUCUGUGAAUGUGAAAAUGAAUGUCCUCUAAAUGCUAAACAGGGCUUAUUUUGGAUGGAUCCGUUCAUACCAUCUGUGUAUAAACCUUGUAUGCAUCAGCGUUAGACUUUGCGUGAUUAGUGGCUUUGAUUAUUUGUCAUUUUUCUUGCGUUGUUUUCUGGUGUGCUUGUAUCUUGACUAUUAUUUACCUAUUUGACUUGCUUACGAAACGGAUUAAAACAUCAAAAACAAGAGAAGUAGCUACGUAUGUUCUAUUUAUUCUAAGUUACAUCACUCAGAUUGCAAUUGCCUUGACUGUCUUUUCUGAUCACAUGAUAUGUACGUUUUCACAUUUUCAAGCAUUUUCUAUAAAUCUGAUCUUCCAGAACAGUAAGCAUGCAGUAACUACACUUCUUUCUUUUUUUUCUCCAGAUGCAUUUGGUACAGCUUUACCUAAACAGACACUGGGUCAAUAUGUUCUGUUGUUGUGUUGGUGGGUUUGACUUGUUAAAUCAGCGUGUGUGAAAAUUCCAUUGUCAGAGCCUUCAUGCUUUCAAUUUAAACUGAAUAGUACAUUGCUGAACUUUUGCUGUAGAGUCCAUGGCAUUACACUAAUAAAUCCACCUUAAAUAUAC